CUUGUAACGUCGAUAUCGUGAUCAUCCCCAGAAAACACCGUCUGAAUCUCUGCUACAGCCUCGAACGAGGCAUCCAACACUCUUUUUCCUAUCGUUCUAGCUCCAUUGCUGCAAGAGCGAAGUAAGCAAACGCCAUUCGAUCACGAACGAGGCAAGGCUGAUCUGGCGAUAUUCCGGAACAACAACAGCUUCAACAAUAAUAACAACGCUACAACACACACUCGUUUGACCAUAUCACUACUGCAAUCAUAACAUAUAGUCCAGGUGUUAUGAACCAGUUCGGCUCGCAUCAUCGAGCACGGACCGCUCCAUCUUCAUCCUCAUCUUCAACGGACGAAACCCCCGCUCUACCUCUUCGCCUUGCCUCCCAUUUCCCAAUUCAUCCUCAAUCUCAGUCUCGGUCUGGACAAGAUCUCACCGUACCAACCUGGCAACCCAACCUUCAAUACAACAUCCCUACGAGCGUGUACAAGCACAACACCCCGCCUGCUAAACGACUUCGAACUCGGUCGACCCCCAUCAAGAAGAUCGAGUUAGGGUUCAUCCCGUUGCCUUGCCAGAACAAGGGUCCUUUGGCUUCAGACAAGACCAUCAACCUGAAGAGAAUUGGGUCAGGGGAGGUUCGGCAUCACGAGUACAUGGAUUUGGAUAGUGACGUUGGCUGGGACAAGGAGAAUACCUCACACCCCUCGACUCUUAUCGCAUACAAUCAAUCCAAAUCCUAUACCUUCAAACCUCAGCAUCUCGAACUGAUUACCAGCAUGGACUCGAUGAACCCGGUGGAUCAAGAUUCGCCGCCGGUCAUCAGCGCUACCUCGCUCGACCUCUAUUUGAAUGAUGUUCAUCCUACUCAAAUGCAACAACAAAACGAUGAUCAUCGACAUCUUCCUUCUCCACCUUCUCCGCUCGAUGGCGGAUCCGGUACAGAGGUAUUAUACGAAACCUUCUCUUACAACUUUCAUGGCUUGCAACAUAAUGACGAUAACGAACACGGCCGUAAACCCGGCUUCGAACACGACAGCCAUGUACAUUCGGGACACCAUAACUACAACAACGACGACUACCACGAUACGUACGAUACCCAUGACCAUUACGAUCAAGAUCACGGCUAUCACGACCUCUCCAGCCCGAUUCCUAUUCCUAGUCCCAGCCCGACACUCUCCGAACACACCCGUCGUCGGCUCUCAUACGGCGACCCUCAUCCUCAACCAGACUAUUCGAUCUUUGGGAUGAUAGACAGGAUCUUGACACCGAAGAUGAGGACGCCUGAUCGGUUGGUCUUACCGAGUGUGGAUGGGGAGGGGGAGGUCUUGCUCCUCGAUCGGGCGUUUGAUGAGUCGGAUUCCUUUUCCUCCACCAGUCCGGAAGGACCGAAAUCUAGGGGAACUGAGAGGAUGGAACAGAUGGGGAUCGGUUUUGAGAUAGAGAUCGAGAUUGGCAGGAGGAAUCGAAUGGAUACUCCGCGAAGCCCUGGGAAACCUCAACCUGUUACGCCCGAACAGAGCACGAGCACGAGCGGUGCCAUCAGAACAGGGGAGAACGGGAUCCUCUUGACCCCGGGUGAUAAAGAGGGGAUGACCGGGUUGGGGAUCGUCUGUCGACCGAGAUCAGGUUCAGGUUAUUCUACACCUACACCUGCAUCUUCAUCUAUACCUGAAGCGGGGACUGGGUCGGUUUUCGGAUCGGCCGGAUCGGUCGCUCGACGACGAGUCCUUACUUUCAGCCGGGAGGAACAAGAGGACGAUACCUAUAACCCCAUCGAGCCUGACAAUCUCGUCCUCAAGAGCUCCUUCCAAUCCCGUUCUCCUCAACACAAACGCUACCGGACCACCUCGUCCGCCUACGCCUUGCCCCCUCCCGUCAACCGCAACCGCAAGAAACAAAACAAUAUCGCCUAUAUGCAUGGCGGACACGGACGCGCAUAUCGACAAAGGAUGGGGAAAUACCCGUUUAACAACCCGUUCGCACGGAUCCUGUUCUUCAGUACCGUCGUCAUCCUCCUCGCUGCGAUCUUUGGGGUCGGGGGGUUCGUCGACGAUGGCACCGACGCAGGGGUAGCCGAGUACGACCUAUGGAUGAGAGGCGGGACAGACAUGGGAAUGCGUGGGAAUGGGUAUGGGGACGGGAAUCAGUUGCGCGGGUGGUCAGGGAUGGUAGGGGACGAAACGCAGGUCUUCGGCAUUGUCGGACUGCCCGCCACUCCGUCCGGUGGGAUAUCCGGCGAUGUAUUCUACAGGGAACAGCAACCCAUUCACGACCAUUACGAAUCUUCCUAUUCUCAUCUUGAAAAGAACGAUGAGGAGGAAGAGAAGGACAAGGGGUACAAGCUUCAUAAACGAAGAGUUCAUCAGCACAAGUACAAAAGAAACGGGUGGCGCGCCAAGGUCCGACGGGCUGGUGCUGCGCUUCACAGCCACGCUGAAGAAUAGAGCAUCUCCAAAGCUGCAAACUCUAGCGGUGGUCUAUCCCGCGGUUCUAGAGCGGUAGAAAUAGCUUUCGGAGUGUAUAUCAUCACAGCAUAUCAGAGUAGUAUCACGCCAUCAUCCCGCCAUCAUCGAUAUCAUCAUGCCGAGCGUAUCUUGGCGGUGUUUUCCCUGCGGCCGGUCCUUUCGAUCGCAAUCGAUCAGAGCGAUUUUAAACCCCUAUGCCUUUCGAUUACAAUCGACUGCGCCAGUAUAAUUGCUCGAAACACAUCAUCGUCCCGCAGUAUCGACGGUCCGUUGGGCAUGAAUG